CCCACACGCAACGAGGAGGGGCGGGAGCGGCGCAGAGGCCUCUGGGAAAUAGGAAGUCAGGAGCUCCUCUUGGCCACACCUCCGGCUCUCCCUGAGAGCUCUGAGCCGCUUCGCUCUCCCGCCCCUGCCCAGAGUCCUGCUGCCAGCCAAGGGGGAUCCUGGAGUCCCAGGGAAUGGCCUUUGAGAGGAACAGACUCCCAGCUCAGCCUUCUGUGCUCUGACUUGGGCUGCUCUAGGAGAUGGUGACGUUCCAGGAUGUGGCUGUGGACUUCACACGGGAGGAGUGGUGCCUCUUGUCCCCUCCCCAGAAGGAGCUGUACAAGGAGGUGAUGCUGGAGAAUGCCUGGAACCUGCUCUCUGUGGGGCUUCCAGCUCUCCCAGAAGAUGUGAUCUCUUAUUUGGAGCAGAGGGAAGCCCCAUGGAUGCUGGAGCGAGAAGGUCCGAGGAGCUGCUGCCCAGAAGGAGAAAUCCAAACAGAAAUGAAGGCUACUCCAACAGAGAUUAGCGAUUUUGUGGAAGAAACAGAGCAAAGACUCAUGAGUGAUGUUCCAGAUAACAUAGCUUGGAUAGAAUUCUGUGUUGAAUCUCAAACUUCAUCCCAUACUGAACUUCACAGAAUGGAUUCUAAGGAAAAGUCUAGUGAAUGCAAGCAAUGUGGAAAGACAUUCAGACUGAUAUCUGAUCUUGCUAUACAUCAGAGAAUCCACACUAGGGAAAAACCUUAUGAAUGCAAACAAUGUGGAAAGACAUUCAGUCUGAGAUCCAGUCUUGCUCAGCAUCAGAGAAUCCACACUGGGGAGAAACCUUAUGAAUGUAAGCAAUGUGGAAAGACAUUCAGUUGGAACUCCAGUCUUGCUAUACAUCAGAGAAUCCACUCUGGAGAAAAACCCUAUGAAUGCAAUCAGUGUGGGAAGACAUUCAGUCUGAGCUCCAAACUUACUCAGCAUCAGAGAAUCCACACUGGGGAGAAACCUUACGAAUGCAAGCAAUGUGGAAAGACAUUCAGUCUGAGCUCCCAUCUUGCUAUACAUCAGAGAAUCCACACUGGGGAGAAACCUUACAAAUGCAAGGAAUGUGGAAAAACCUUCAUAGAGUGUUCCACUCUUGCUCGACAUCAGAGGAUCCACACUGGGGAGAAACCAUAUGAAUGCAAGCAAUGUGGAAAGACCUUCACAGAGUGCUCCACUCUUACUCGACAUCAGAGAAUUCACACUGGAGAGAAACCUUAUGAAUGCAAGCUAUGUGGAAAAACAUUCACAGAGUGCUCUACUCUUGUUCUACAUCAGAGAAUCCACACUGGAGAGAAACCUUAUGAAUGCAAGCACUGUGGAAAGGCAUUCAGACUGAGAUCCAGCCUUGCUGAACAUCAGAGAAUCCACACUGGGGAGAAACCUUAUGAAUGCAAACUAUGUGGAAAAACAUUCACAGAGUGCUCUACUCUUGCUGGACAUCAGAGAAUCCACACUGGAGAGAAACCUUAUGAAUGCAAGCAAUGUGGAAAGACAUUCAGUUAUAACUCCAAUCUUACUCGACAUCAGAAAAUCCACACUGGGGAGAAACCUUAUGAAUGCAAGCAAUGUGGAAAAACAUUCAGUCGGAAUUCCUAUCUUGCUGUCCAUCAGAGAAUCCACACUGGGGAGAAACCUUAUGAAUGCAAUCACUGUGGAAAGACAUUCAGUCGGAGCUCCUAUCUUGCUGGGCAUCAGAGAAUCCACACUGGGGAGAAACCUUAUGAAUGCAAGCAAUGUGGAAAGACAUUCAGUUGGAGUUCCCAUCUUGCUGGGCAUCAGAAAAAUCACAGACUUUCACACUGAGCUCUUACCUUGCUCUAAAUCAGACAAUUCACUCUAUUAUGUCAUGAGCUCUACUCAUAUUAGUUACAAAUGGACAUGAUUUAGGCCUAAUGUUUGAUGCCAUAAGCAAAUUGUGAAGGAAUUAAGAAUCAUUUGCCUUUCACAUCAAUUGAUAAGGGGAAAAUUUGUGACCAAAUAAGAACUUGACAACAUGAGAUGUAUCAUAGGUUAUUUUUGUUGUCAAUUCAAAACUGCACAAACAAAACCAUUACAACCAAAGUUAAAAGAGGAAACAAGAAGCUAUCAUUUGCAUUAAAAUAAGAUGUCCAAUUGUGUGAAAGGAACCCUUUCCCAGAAUCAUGCAUGGGAUCUUACCUGCAUCCCAAGGUCCUAGUCACAGUCAUCUCAUGUGGGUCAUAUGACUGAGUUUGAACCAGAUGUGAUUGAAGGGGACCCAGAAGGGAAAGGGAGGGGAAAAGGUUGAAGACAAGGAAGUAGGGUCUCUUUCUAGAAGAACCUGUGAAGGGGAAGGUGGCUAAGGAAGUUAUGUGGAGAGCACCCAUAUGAUUAAAAGGCUUUUCUCUUUAACUCUCUGCCUUGACCUAUCCAAGUGAAUUCUAGUAAGUUUAAUGAAAAAUAAGGGCCAUAAUCCUAGUUUUAGUUCUUACAUCAUGGUGACCACUAUAGAGAAGAGUUUCACUUCUCCUUUUUAGGACUUUCUAGAGGAGUUUAAAAUAGAUACUAGGGCAGAUGAGCUUAGAGCACCAGCUGCCACCAGCCUCCAGCCUCAACCAAAAAUGGCCACAGCUGCCACCAAUCUCAGACUUCAUCAGAGAGGAUCUUGUUUUCUUAAAAGGGGUUAUCCUACUUGGAGCCAGUUUUAAGCCCCCACAUGGCCCAAGCCUUAGUUUAGGUGGGAGAAGGGUGUUGAAAAGAAUAGCAAACAAGAUUUCACCACCUGGUCCUGGCAUUUUGGUGCAGCCACAGCCAGGGUGCCCAGAGCAGGGCUGGUCUCAAUUGACUCCCCUACUUCACAGCAGGGAGCCCCGAGGGGCUGGAACUUAAUUCAGCCACUUGCUAAGGUAGAUCUCUAUGGAGCAUCUGAAGGUGAAAAAUCCCAACAGGGGCCUCUUGUCCCCACGCACACUAUCCACCUCCCUGUGCUGGCACCUUCCAAGGCCUGCAACAACCAGCAUGCCCAGCGAACCAGCUGAUCUUAGCUAAAAGUGACUUCCACACUUCCACCUGUGAAGGUGGUGACUGGAGCCCCAGCCCACACCAGGGAUCUCCCACACCACCUGUUGGACCAUGACCUAAGACUUCUAGCUUCCUAGAAAGGGGUUAUGGCUCUAUGCUCCCAGCUUUGGCUAAUGAAGCACAACAUAUAGUUCACUCCAGGGCAACACUACUUACAGCAAAAGUAAAACUACAGGCAACUGAAAAAUCAUGUAUAUAAUAAAAUUAAACAUAAUUAUAUAAAUUAUAGCAAAUCAAGAUGAAUAGAAGUAACUUUAAAAAUUAUUGUUAAAAUUAACAAAAUUGAAUUAAAUAAAAAAUUAAUUUAAUGAAAUAUUAUUUAAUUGGAUAUACCACUUCAGUGAUCCAUUCUUUCGAAAAAUAAUUAAGAAAAACUGUUUUUGCAAUUAUAUAUAUUCAUUAUUAGUACUAUUGCCUUGUAAUGAUUUCUUCUUUAACUCUAGCUUGGUUGCUUUCUACAAUGUAAUCAAAGGACAUUGUGUCUUGACAAAUUUUUUUCACUAUAUUUUGAGAUUUUUUUUAAUUAUUUAAACUCCUCUGCAGUUAUAAACUAGUAUCACAGAUACUUUUCAGCUCCUCAACAAUAGCUAGAGCAGAAGCCCCAAACAGAUAGAGUAGAAAGACUCAGAAAUUUUUCCAAACAGAUUAGGGAAGAAAGACUAUAGAGUUUUUUCUACAUUCCAUGAAUGAAAGUAGUAGUUCUGACCAAAUAAUGUCAACUAAGUCCUUUUUGCAUUAUAGGAAAUAAUAAAACAAUAAAACC